AUGGAAUGUGAAGACACAAAGAAAAUGCAAGAAAUGAAGACUGACCUGAACUUACUAUUGGAGUGUCUAAAGCAUCAAAUGGACAACCCUGUUUCACAAAAGGAAACUUUGUUCACUAUUCAUUCAAUUUGCCAACAAAACAGUAAUGCAAGUGCUUAUUUUCGGGAAAUUGGUGGUUUGAUGUUUGUAAAAAAUCUUGCAAAGUCGAGUGAACAUAGCAUCGUGAAAGAAACAGCCUUGUAUGCAUUAGGAGCUAUUGCAGAACAAAAUGUUUAUUGUCAGCAGACUUUGUGCACUUCAGAAUUGUUUGAAGACUUACUUUCAUUCCUGUCUAGUAAUGAUUCUAACAUAAGUUUGAAAAGAAUGUCUGUCUAUGUUAUUUUAGUUGUGGUUUCAAAUAAUAGAGCUGGACAAACACUUGUGAGAGAAACAGGUUGUAUUUCAGUUCUGUUACAGUUGUUCAGGACAGUACUUUCAAAAUAUGAGUUGAAUUUGUCAGAUAAAAAUGUUUUCCAGAGUUACCAGUUGUGGUCUUCAGUGUGCAGUACUUUGUGUGUCUGUGUCAACAAUCCUCAAAAUGAUGACAAUCAAACAAUUUGCUGCUCCCUUUUUCCACAUGCUAAUGAGUGGAUAAUAAAUUGUAUGAAAUCUGAGAUAAUUCGCCCUAUUUGCUCAUUUAUUGGACUCACUCUUUCAAAUAAUACAAAUGUCCAGAAAUACUUUAUAUCUGUGGGAGGACUGGAUGUCUUAUCUCAAGUUCUUGUGAAACUGGAAUCUGAUUCACACAAGACUCUUUCCAGUGCUAACCUGGCGGUGGUAGUGACAAAGACAGUGGAUGCAUGUAUUGCUGAUAAUCCUGCUUUUGGGGUAAUACUAACCAAGUACCACAUUGUUUCAAAACUUUUGGCAUUACUGCUUCAUGAAAGUCUGGAUUCAGGAGAGAAAACCAGCAUUAUUCUUACACUUGGUCAUUGCACAGAGGCUUGUGAGGAAAAUCGGUAUGACUUUUUAAAAUACAAUGGGCUUCCACUUAUGAUACAAGCCUUAACUGAAUCUCAGAACGAGGAACUUAACAGAGCUGCCACUUUCGUUCUUUACAACUGCAAAAAAAUUACUGAGAAAUUAUCUCUAAGACUAGGAGAAUGUUCUUUUGAUGAAAAUGAAGCAGAACAAUUGAAGAACGUAAAUGUGAAAGAGAAGAAUCUUGAAGGAUACUGGAAGAAAGCAAAAGAAAUUCUACACAGAAUAAAACGGCUUGAAAGAGAUGAGAAUGAAAAAUUUAUUUAAAAGUAAGAAUAUAAGCAUAGUGUGACUUCUAUGAAGAUAAGUACUCAGAAACACCUCCAUGCAGGUGAUACUGGUAGAGGUACCGAAGCAGAAGAAAAGGAUAAAAGCCAGUCUUGUCAGCCUCAGAACUACAAGUCCCCUGUAGUCAUGUCUAAAACAUGUGCAGAGGAUGACCAGAUGAAGACCUUGUUAAAGAGUGCCAACCCAGUGAAUGCUUGUUACAGGGAGAGCAGUAAAAAUAAGACUUUAUGUAAAGCCAGUUCAAGCUGCAAUCAAAGCUCAUGUGAAGAAACAGCUUUUGAAAAAGAGUCAAGUGACCAUAUUUUUAAACAUCCAACUCCCAUUAUCAAAAAUAGAAAACAGCAGUUACCAGUAACAGAUCCAUUUACGUUAUGUUCAGAUAUAAUAAAUAAAGAAGUCAUUGGUUUUCAAUCAACUGACAAUUGCUCAAAAAUGUUGAAAUAUAGGUGCUCAGGUUGCAUAGCAGUAGGAAAAUCCCUGAAUAGCCGAAACUUUAGCCAGCUCUUGCACUCUUGCUCAUACCAAUGUGAUCGUCACAAAGUUAUUGUUGAAGCUGAAGACAGAUACAAAAGUGAACUAAGGAAAUCAAUUAUCUGUAACAAAAAAAUUCUGCUGACCCCACAUAGAAGACGACAACUCACAAAGGAAUCUGCUACCCCUGGAGGAAUAAAGAAAAGAAGAAUUCGUAAAAACUUCACUGAAGAAGAAGUCAAUUACCUUUUCAAAGGAGUUAAGAAAAUGGGAAAUCACUGGAACUCAAUAUUAUGGUCUUUCCCCUUUCAGCAAGGAAGGACAGCCGUGGACCUCGCUCACAAAUACCACAAGCUGACCAAACGCCAGACGUGUGCAGCUUCUUGA